CUGUCGUGUUUUGUUUGGAUCGAAAAUUCGUGCAAAAUAUUACAUAAAAAAUCGUACGAGGCAUGAAAAUUUAGCCACCGUUUUCGACGCUCAUUUCGUACUGUAUUCACAAAUGCGUAUCCGACGCAGCCAAACACUCAAGAACCUGCUGGAUUUGUGGCCGGGUAAGAAGUACUUGGGCAUCUACCGGUUUCUGCCGUUGUUCUUCGGUCUCGGAGCAACCUUGGAGUUUUCCAUGAUCCACUGGCGAGUGGGGGAUACCAACUUCUAUAACACCUUCAAGAAACGCCAAGCCAAGGAUAUUGUUGAGGAACGACUUCGACUGCACCAGCUGGAACCGAUUCGGGAGGUAAACUAGGUGCAAUCAUGCCGGCGGGAGUCUCGACUAAGGAAUACGUUAAGUUUAUGGCGGCAGCGCUGUUUUCGAUGUUUGCCGGUUCUCAGCUUGUGCACACGUACUACAAUCCGUUGAAGGAUUUGAACUACUAUAUUGACAAGGAAAUCAAUUCCCAACGGUUACGGGAGGUGAAGCAAUCGGAUGUAGUUAGUAGCAAUGAAGGUGGAAUAAAAAAGUAAUAUUGUUUAUUUA